AUGGACUUCUCUCUGGGCCUACGCUUGGGGCCUCGGAACAAGAAGGCCACCCUCCAACAACUCCCUACACCCUCUGGGCAUGGUCCACCAGCUGCCUCUCCUUGUCUGUCCUGUGUUCCCUCUGCCUGUGCCUGCCACUGCCCUGGCUGCCUCCCUCCCUGCUGCUCCUGCACUGUCUCUCCCUCCUACGUGGCUACCUGCCCCUCCUGUCCCAGCCUCCCUGGCCCACCUUAUACCACCUGUUCCUGCCCUCCCUGCCCUGCCUGUCCUCCCUUGACUGGCCCCCACAGCUCCUGUGUCCCAUGCUCUGGUCCACACCUGAUCUGCUGCCCCUCCUCAUCUUGCCCCACUUGCCCUUGUUCUGUGGGCCAAGCCGCCUGCCCAAGCUCCUACUUGGGCUGCAGUGACAGCUGUGGCUUUGGCCGAGGGGUUGGCUGGGGGCCUCUAGGCUCCACUGGCCGCUGCAGCUGUUGCUCCCGGGGACAACGCACCUCUCAGGGACACUGUCUCAUAGUCUAGCUGGGCCACUGCCCCCGAGAGAUUGCCAGUCUCCCAGAGCACUUCUGCAAGCUGCUUCCUCAGGCAGAAGGCAGAAGCUCUGGAGUAAGGAGAGGAUCAGCUGGACCCCACAGCCAGGCAGGUAAAGGCAGGAGGCUGCACAGAACCCCUGGCAUCCCCCUCAGUCCUAGGGGUGAGACGGGGCAUCUGCUUUGAAGUUAGUCCCUGGGCAUGCUCCUGCUGGUUCCAGAACCUCCUCUACUGCAACUCCUGAAAUUGAAGAUGUUCUUCUCAGUGCCUGCUCCGUGGCCU